UACUUACUAUUUGGUCUGAGUUGUAUGAUGCUAUUCCUGGCCACUCUCUACGACGUACAGCAACUGAAUCUAAGUCGAUUCUUUUUGGUCAAAGACGACACUUACGUGGAUCCACAGGGCGGAGAUGAUGACAAAUCCACAAUUGUGAACGAGAAUCAAUCGUCGCAAAAAUACGCCAGACAAUUCGACGAUGAAUCACCAGUGCAGCCGUCGUUCGACACAAACGGAUUUUAUCAGAAUCCAACCAAUCCUUUCAGAUGA